GCCUGGAACUGCGACAGGCGACGGAGAAAGAUAGCGUUGCUGAUCACGAUGCCUGCAACGCGGAGGACAAGGAAGGCCACUGCCGCUGCCACUGUGGCCGCCGCUGCGGGUGGCCGAGGCACCAUGACACAGAAGAAGGCGGCGUUGAAGGCACAACGGGGGGCGUUAAAGGCGGCACCAGCACAGGCGCAAGUGCCAUCACCUUCACCAUCACCAUCACCAUCACCAACUCGGCGGCGAAGCGCCCGCAAUGCCAGCAAGGCCGCCAAAGACAGUGCUCCUGCCACAAAGCGGGCAAAAGCGUCAACAGGCACACCAACAACGCGCCGAUCCACCCGUCAGCAGACAGCAAAGUCUGCACGACUUGUUACAGCUGAUGAUGAUGAUGAUGAUGAUGAUGAUGAUGAUGAUGAUGAUGAUGAUGAUGACGAUGCUGCGACAACAGCAACAGCAACAGAAACACGCCACCAAACACGCGCCAGUCGCAGAAACAGCAGCACCACGUCGACGCGCUGGAGCUCGAGGCUCACCGCAGCUGCAUCUGCCACAAGCCCUCCAAAGGCGAAGGGAAAGCGCAGAUCGCGCCUGCCAGACGAUGACGACCACAGUGACAUCAGUGCCAGUGAUUUCGAGAACAGCAGCACCAAGAAGAACACGGGCCGCAAGCAGCGUGCUGCAGCUCGCACCAGCCAACGCAACACGACAACGUCAAGACCCGCCAUCACAAAGAAGACCAAGCAGGCGCCAAAGACGACGACGACGUCGUCAGAAGGCAGCUUGAUAAGCAGCGUUCGGCGCGCUCGUCACACAACAACUCGCAGCAAGAGCAUUACUGUCACUACUGUGGCACCAUCACCCACCGUAAGGUCCAGCACAGCCCGCAAACCCCUUCCUGAUGACGAUGAUGAUGACGAUGACGACGAUGAUGAUGGUGGUGGAUCGCAAACACGAGCAGGGCUGACGCCUCCCAGCAAAGCAUCGUCCCGCUCGCUCUGGCAGCGACACGCUGCUGCAGUCGACAAGCAGCACCCAGGUGCAGCCAGCGCCACGCACCACCCCAGCAAGCGCACCAAGCAAGCAACGCAGGGGAAGAAGCAGGACAAGCAGAAGAAGACCGCGACGUCCUCUGCCAGUGUCAACCGGUUCCUCAACACCGACACACUCUCAGAGGGCUGCUUCUACCACAAACCCGAGCUGGGCGCACAGGCGGCUGCCAGCGCUAAGCCGGGCUCAAAGGCAGCGGAGGGUAAGAAAAGCAAGUCACCUGCAGGCGCACGUGGCAGUCGACCAGAGGAAUUGGAGUACGCGAGCACGGCGGCGCUUGGCGACGAGCACGUGCAGACGUGCUGGCCCAUCUUGCAGGAUGUCUGGGCACAUGUGCAGCACAAAGUGAAUGCGCUGCAGCUGCAGGUGCAUGAGCGGCUGUACAGUGACGUUGCCAAGUGCUGCAGAGCAACCCUCCUUCCCUCCACAGCACACGGCGCUGGGGAUGCUGGCGCCUGGCUCACACCCUCCGUCCCAUCCCCUUUCCAGGAGGUGCCGGCUGCGGCCAUCUCCACGGGGAUCAACAUCUCCGACCACGACAGCAUAUUCCAGGGCCUCAAAACACACUUCACAAAGGAACUGUCGCCCCACUUUGCUGUGCUCAAAGCGCGCGACUGCAAAGGAAUGGCGGGAAUCAUGAAGACGCUGGUGCGCUCGCUGCUCGAUAUUGGCUCGGUCCACAGCACCCUCCCGCUCAGCCGCCUGCCCACAUACGACUUUCAGGUGCUGCGCGGGUGGUACGAGAGCCUGUAUCCCUCGCGCGACAUUCGCCCGCCACUUGUCAUCGCCUUUCAGGACUUUGAGGCCUUUGAUCCAAUGGGGCUUGCGGAUUUUGUGUGCGUGUGCAGUCACUAUCGACAGUCUCUGCCGAUUUUUCUCGUGUUUGGGGUGGCGUCCGGCCCAUCCGUGCUCGCAAGGUACCUGCCUCGGCGGGCGAUGAGCCAGCUGAACGUGCGGCGGUACCGGGUGCAGGCGUCGACGGUUGUGCUACAUACCGUCGCCACAGACAUCAUCAUGGACCCGGCCCUCCCGGCAAAGCUCGGCCCAAGGCCGCUGCAUGAGCUGCUGGAUGCGUUUCUGUUCCACAAUUUGUCUGUUGCUACGGUGAUCAAGGGCCUUCAUCUCGCCCUAGUGCACUUUUACACAUCCACGCCGACCGCACACAACAACUCCUUAUCCAUCGACCUUGACACCAUUGCUCGCGAUGCCAACGUCAAUGAGCGUGACAGUGAUGACGAUGAUGAUGAUGAUGAUAACGAUGAUGAUGAUGAUGAUGAUGGUGGUGGUGGUGGUGGUGGUGGUGAUGCACUGCUGCUUCAUGGCGAGCGCAACCGCGAUCAGCUCGUGUGCGCGGCCGCAUGCGCUCUCCACGCCAUUGCACAAGGCGUGCCUGACCUGAAGGACUACCCGGUGACCAAAGACAUUUUGUCAUGGCUCACCGAGAUGCUCCACAAGUCCAUCCACUCCUCCGACCUCUGGUCAACCCUCCGCCGCAUCCUGGGGAUGGUAGCACAGGACACGCUUGCCAAACUCAUAUGUACUGCUGCUGCUGCUGUAAGCUCGCGUGCUGAUGCGAUUGCUGCACUCGGGGACGAUGACAAUGCGCCUUUGAGGCAAUACUACCGCCCCUGCACACACACCAUCCAGGCAGCUGCCACGGAGCUGAAUGCAUUGGCAGAGGAAGUCAAGGACUUUUCGGUGCGCGUCAUGCGGGGCGUGCUGGAAGAUGCGGACACGACCGGGCAGGAGGCGCCAGCACAAAAUGAUGAAGACACAGCUCCCAGCAACACGGCUCGGUCGUCGAGUGAGCUGCUUGCGAGGGGUGUGCAAAAGACACAGCAGCGCACCUCCCGCGCCGCCCUUCGCAAGAUGGUCCUCCACAGCACAACCAACACCGCCGCAGCUCGCGAUGCGCGCCAUCGGGAGCAGCGUGACCGCAUGCUCAACAAGCUUGAGAAGGUCCUCCAACGCCUGCGCCCACCAAGUGUGUGCAAGUGCACGUAUGUGAGCCCCAGCACCUGCUGGCUCCACCACUGCCUCUUGUACUGCGGCGUUAUGCUUGUAUCCCGGGUCUCGGCCUAG